AUGGCUUCACACUAUGAUGAUGAUCAAACAAAGAUGAGAAUUGGUUAUCCUCCGGUAACUGGCUACCGUCCACCGUCGGCGGUGGCAUAUCCAGGUUACCCACCAAACGCCCAUAACGGAUAUCCAUACACUGCACCACCCCCAAGUGCUUACUACAACAAUCAACAGCCGGCGGCGCCACCUUACAAUUCCGGCGAUGCCUACAGUCUCUUGCCGCGCAUAGUUAUCUCCAUGAUCACGACAUUAACCAUGAUUGGGAUGCUAUUCUUCCUUAUAUGGCUCAUGAUCCGCCCAAGAUACCCAAUUGUCAAUAUCGAAUCCCUCAUGGUUUCCAAUUUCACCAUUGUAGAUUCAGAAUUCAACGCCGAUUGGGAUCUAACCUACUAUAUUUGGAACCCUAACAAGAAAUUAGACAUGAGAUGUAAUACUAUCCAAAUUUUGAUAUUUUACGGAAAGAAUCUGUUGUCGACCACUUCGAUGCAGCCAUUGUUGUUGGAGAAGGAGAACGCGACGAUAUUGCACAAAAAGCUUGAGACGCGUCAGGAUAAAGUUUCAGAUGGGUACAUGGAAAACGAUCGGAAGACUGGAUCUAUGAUUGUGAGUGUGAGAUUGAGGAUUUUGGCAAAGUUUCAGAAUGGAGAUUCAGGUACUAGGGAACAUAAAUUGGCUGUUUCCUGCGAUUAUUUGAGGAUUAACUUUUUGGGUGACACCAACAACGGCAAGUUGGCUCCUGGACCUGCAGCUUGUACGCUUUAUGAAGUCUGA